AUGCGUGAUUUGCCGUUCUACAUGAGCGGGUCUUCUGUGAACAAGCUUGACUGCGCUGUCGUGUGUCCUGCGUGGAUGGUCCCGCCAACGGACUUUCGCAAUCCGAUGCUCCGCGUCGGUGCGUCGGAAGAGACCAUGGACUACAAGGGGCAAUCCAUAUCGUAUUGGCUGCCACAUCUGUACAUGCCACAGAGUCCCGACGAAAUGGAGUGCACGCCCGUUCUCGUGAAAAUCAUUGGAGGCAAGGCCUAUGCUUUGAUGAUGCGAGCACAUCUGCUGGGCGAGGAAUGGAAACCCAAGAAGGGUGUCAAGCGUGCAUAUCCCGGGCAGGGCCUUGUCGAUGAAGAUGACUGGCACAAGGCGGACAAGCAUCUGAGCGCUUUCGGCAUGGGCCAAGUGGGAACAGAUGCAUGCGGCGAGGGCGAGGCUGGCAAUGGUGUCAGCAGAUUCUCAGCCUUUGCUCGUGGUAGUGGUGGUGAAUCCGCAGCGAAAAAGCUCCGGGCCAGGGUGCCAAAUCAUGCCAAGCAUUUGGUCCGUUGA